AUGGGCCUCAAACGCUGGAGUUUCAGAGGUCCCUGGGCUUGGCUAGGACAGGGAUCUGAGUAUGUUGGCCAACUCCUGGAGAAGAGGCAGGCAGGUAACCAGGCAAGACAGCACAAUCUGAGGAUCAUCUCUCCCCAUGAGCCUGCGACCGGUUCAAGGAGGCCUGUGCAUUAUAGUACAUGGCUAUUCAAGGGCCUGCAGCACCCCAACAUUGUGCGCUUCUAUGACUUCUGGGAGUUCAGCGCCAGGGGGAAGAGGUGCAUCGUGCUGGUGACUGAGCUGAUGACCUCGGGGACACUGCAGACGUAUCUGAAGCGGUUCAAGGUGAUGAAGCCCAAGGUGCUCCGCAGCUGGUGCCGGCAGAUCCUGAAGGGGCUGCUGUUCCUGCACACCAGGACGCCCCCCAUCAUCCACCGGGACCUCAAGUGUGACAACAUCUUCAUCACGGGGCCCACCGGCUCCGUGAAGAUCGGCGACUUGGGCCUGGCCACGCUCAAGAGGGCGUCCUUCGCCAAGAGUGUGAUCGGCACCCCUGAGUUUAUGGCGCCCGAGAUGUACGAGGAGCAUUACGACGAGUCUGUGGACAUCUACGCCUUUGGGAUGUGCAUGCUGGAGAUGGCUACCUCGGAGUACCCCUACUCCGAGUGCCAGAACGCCGCCCAGAUCUACCGGAAGGUCACCUGUGGCAUCAAGCCUGCCAGCUUUGAGAAAGUGCAUGAUCCCGAAAUCAAGGAGAUUAUUGGGGAGUGCAUCUGCAAAAACAAGGAGGAAAGGUAUGAGAUCAAGGACUUGCUGAGCCACGCCUUCUUCGCGGAGGACACCGGUGUGAGGGUGGAGCUGGCGGAGGAGGACCACGGCAGGAAGCCUGCCAUCGCCCUCCGGCUCUGGGUCGAGGACCCCAAGAAACUAAAGGGCAAGCCCAAGGACAACGGAGCCAUAGAGUUCACCUUUGACCUGGAGAAGGAGAAGCCUGAUGGUGUGGCGCAGGAGAUGAUCGAGUCAGGAUUCUUCCACGAGAGUGAUGUGAAGAUUGUGGCCAAGUCCAUCCGUGACCGUGUAGCGUUGAUCCAGUGGCGGCGGGAGAGGAUCUGGCCGGCCUUGCAGCCUCCCGAACAGCGAGACCCUGGCAGCCCUGACAAGGCCAGGGGCCCGCCCGCACCCCUGCAGGUCCAGGUGACCUACCAUGCACAGGCUGGGCCCCCGGAGUCCGAGGAACCCGAGGCGGACCAGCACCUCCUCCCCAGCGUGCUGCCGGCCAGCGCCACCUCCCUGGCCUCGGACAGCACCUUCGACAGCGGCCAGGGCUCCACGGUGUACUCGGACUCUCAGAGCAGCCAACAGAGUGUGGUGCUGGGCUCGCUGGCGGACGCAGCACCGCCCCCCGUCCAGUGUGUGUGCAGCCCCCCCGUGAGUGUCAGCGUCAGUGAUGGCCCUGUCCUGCCCUACAGCCUGCCCUCGCUGGGGACCUACCAGCAGCCUGCUGCGCCUGGCCUGCCAGUGGCCUCCAUCCCACCCCCUGUCCACCCUCCGCUCCCACAGCAGCAUUUCCCGGAGCCGGCCAUGAGCUUUGUCCCCGUGCCAACGGGCCCAGGCCAGCCUGUGCCCCCUGGCCACCAGCCUCCCCCACUGGCCCAGCCGGCGCCCCUGCCGCCUGUCCUGGCCCCACCAUCCGUGGGCCCUCUCCCGCCGGUGCCCCCCCACCUGCCUCCCUACCUAGCUCCGACGGCCCAGGUGGUGGCCCCCGCUCAGCUGAAGCCCCUCCAGAUGCCAGCAGCAUCUCUGCAGCCGCUAUCUCAAGUGCCUGCUCAGGUGCCUCCGCUUCCUGUGGGGCCCCCCGUUGCGCCCCCCGUUGCGCCCCUGGCCUCCAUCGACAGCCUCCCCGCAGCUCUCCCUGACCUGCCAGCCGCCAGCGGGCCCGCCGUGCCCGCCCCCUCGCAGUAUUUCUCUCCCGCCGUCAUCUUGCCCAGCCUCCCGCUCGGCGCGGCCGCUGCCCCCCUACCCGCGUCGCCAGCCCUGCCUCUGCAGGCCGUCAAGCUGCCCCACCCCGCUGGGGCGCCAGUGGCAGUGCCGUGCCGGACCAUUGUGCCAAACGUGGCUGCCACUGCCACCGCCAUCCCUCUGCUGGCCGUGGCCCCGCAGGGUGUGGCCGCCCUAUCCAUUCACCCUGCCGCCGUGGCCCAGCUCCCGGCCCAGCUCCCGGCCCAGCCCGUGUACCCGGCGGCCUUCCCGCAGAUGGUGCCCAGCGACAUCCCACCAUCUCCCCUCCACGUGGCACAGACCGUGCGGGCCACCCCUCCACAGCCAGCGCCCCCCACCCUGCCACAGCCCCACCAGCCUGGCCUCGUCCGCCCUCCUGAGCAGGCUGCUCCGGCCAGUGGGGCGGGAAGCCAGAUCCUACUUGGCCACCCACCUCCAUAUGCUGCUGAUGUCACCGCCCAGGUCCCCAUGGCGCCUGUGCCGGCCACUGUCCUCUCCCCACCUCUGCCAGAAGUGUUGCCGCCUGCUGUUCCUGAGUUGCCUCAGCUCCCCAGCUCCCUGGCCCCUGCAGUGGUGGUGGCAUCUCAGAGCCUGCCCAUCCAGACCGCCCCACUCCUGCCACCUGCUACCCAGCCACCGCCGCCCACCGGGCCCGGGCUUGCCAGCCCCUGCCCAGCUGUGCAGCUAACGGUGGAGCCAGCGCCAGAGGAGCAGGCCUCCCAGGACAAGCAGCCCGGCCCCCCGCAGAGCUGUGAGAGCUACGGAGGUUCUGAUGUCACCUCUGGCAGAGAGAUGAGUGACAGCUGUGAGGGUGCAUUCGGCGGGGGGAGGCUGGAAGGCAAGGCUGCCCGGAAACAUCACCGCCGGUCGACGCGCGCGCGCUCCCGCCAGGAGAGAGCCAGCCGCCCCCGGCUGACCAUCCUGAACGUGUGCAACACGGGCGACAAGAUGGUGGAGUGCCAGCUGGAGAUACACAACCACAAGAUGGUGACAUUCAAGUUUGACCUGGACGGGGAUGCGCCCGAUGAGAUCGCCACCUACAUGGUGGAGCACGACUUCAUCCUGCAGGCCGAGCGGGAGACGUUCAUCGAACAGAUGAAAGACGUCAUGGACAAGGCGGAGGACAUGCUCAGUGAGGACACGGACAUUGACCGUGGCUCCGACCCGGGGAUGAGCCCGCCGCACCUCAGCACCUGCGGACUGGGCACCGGGGAGGAGAGUCGCCAGUCCCAGGCAAACGCCCCUGUGUAUCAGCAGAACGUCCUGCACACAGGGAAGAGGUGGUUUAUCAUCUGCCCAGUGGCUGAGCACCCAGCGGCGGAGGCCCCGGAAUCCUCACCCCCCCUUCCUCCGAGCUCCGUGCAGCGCCAAGAUCCAGCGCCCUGUAAAGACCAGCUGUCCUUAAAGGAAAAAUCCAGCUUCCCAUGA